UUCUAUCAUGACUCAUGGAUCUCAGGUUCUCCGUAUGCAAAAACCAGCUGAUAGUUGUUGUCAAAGCGUUUAACUAAGCUUUUUAAAAAUCCUUGUCCCCGAAACUGGGCACUUGGGGUUUCCUCUAUAUUACCUAUACUCUAUAUAUAUAUAUAUAUCAAUAUUUGCAAGAAGUGUAUUCAACAACAUUAAGUCGGGCUGUAACUGCUCCAAAAAUUACAAUAAUUAAGUUUAAUAAUAAACUAUAAGAUCAGUUGUGCACAGUGAAAUUUCCUUAGAUGGUAGGAUGGAGCAAAUCUCACCAGAGGUUGAGUCAGUUCGAUUUUAUGGUAGCUGGUGGAGGUUCUGGCUGUUUUACCAGAGCAACGUGCCAACCUCUAGAUGUACUAAAGAUAAGGUUUCAAUUACAAGUUGAGCCUAUAUCAUAUGGUGCGCAUACAGCGAAGUACAGGUCUGUGGUUCAAGCAGUGCGGCUUAUCCUCAAAGAAGAAGGUGCUAGAGCUUUUUGGAAAGGCCAUAUACCUGCCCAGUGGUUGUCCAUAAGCUACGGUGUGGGUCAAUUCUGGAGCUAUGAACUAUUAGUUAGAAAUGUCGAUAGAUUGAAUGUACUGCCUAGUAUGACACCACUUGUAAAUUUUACAUGUGGCUCCAUUGCCGGGAGUGUUGCAACGUUGGUGUCGUUCCCAUUUGAUGUCGUAAGGACAAGGUUUGUAGCUCAAAGUGAAAACAAAAAAGUAUAUCACAAUAUCCUUUCAGCAGUGAUUCAAAUCUGCAGAACUGAAAGUCCUUUAGUAUUAUUUAGAGGGCUGUGGCCAACAGUAUUACAAAUUGGUCCACAUGCGGGUGCUCAGUUCACAUGCUACCGAUUAUUUGAUGAUUUAUACAAAUAUGCUCUGAACAUUGAAUACACUACCUUAUCCAGCAGUCUGUUCGCUGGCAGUCUAGCAGGUUUAUGUGCCAAGACAAUUAUUUAUCCUUUUGAUCUGGUCAAAAAACGAAUGCAGAUUCAAGGAUUUGCUCAUGCCAGAGAACAUUUUGGCGAACAUUUCACUUGCAAGGGUUUGAUAGAUUGCUUGCAGAAGGUCUAUCGUUCUGAAGGACAUAAAGGAUUCUUUAAAGGUCUUUCGCCGAGUUUGAUCAAAGCCAUAUGCACUACUGCGCUUCACUUUAGCUCCUAUGAGAUGAUUUGCAAUUUUAUUGUUUUUGUUAAAGAAAAUAACUAAGUGAUAGUUCUCCGUAUACCAAAGAAGGAAUUGUAUUGCUACCUACAGCUAAGAACUAACGCUAUUAUAUCAGUAUUGUUUUUA